CAAACAAGCAGAUACGUUAGAACCAGAUCGGCAAUGGGUGUCUGGAAACUUAUCACUUCUGUAGAGAGAGAAAUAUUUGUGAGAACAUGUUUAGAGACGCGUGACUUCUGGAGAAAUAAGUCAUAGUGAGGGCGUGUCUGGAUACGAAUUUCUUCUUGCUGAGUGGUGCUGACAAUAAUAAAGGAAAAAGCAAAAAGUGGAAGAAACUUCUACAGUUUCCACACAUAUCAUUAUGCUUAGAUUUAAAGAAUCAAAUAGAUAAUUGUUACAGUUUCAUUGUUGAACAACAACCCAUUGGUCGCCUUCUCUUCAGGCAGUUUUGUGUAACCAGAGCUAAUUACAAUAAGUGUAAUGAUUUUCUUGAUGCUGUGGCAAAGUAUGAAGUUACAUUAGAUGAUCAGCGAAGGCUCGUUGCUGGGAAGCUGUUUGAUAAAUACCUCACAAAAGAUUCUAAAGAUUAUGUGAAAGUGGUGGAUGAAAAAAUUAUAGAAUCAUGUAAAGACAAAAUUAAUGCUGCCAGCAAAGAGCUGUUUCUAGAAUGUACAAGGGCUGUCAAAGAAUUCCUAGCAGGGGAGCCAUUUAAAGCAUUUGAAGAUAGUAUGUACUAUCAUCGCUAUCUUCAGUGGAAAUGGCUAGAAAGCUCUCCAAUUACAAGCAAAACAUUUCGCAUGUAUCGUGUUUUGGGAAAAGGAGGUUUUGGAGAAGUCUGUGCCUGUCAAGUACGAGCAACGGGAAAAAUGUAUGCUUGCAAAAAGCUAGAAAAAAAGAGAAUAAAGAAACGGAAAGGCGAAUCAAUGGUUCUCACCGAAAAACAGAUUCUUCAUAAGAUCAAUUCAAAUUUUGUGGUGAGUUUAGCUUAUGCUUUUGAGACAAAGGAAGCUUUAUGUCUUGUACUGACACUGAUGAAUGGCGGAGACUUGAAGUUUCAUAUCUACAACAUGGGUGGGAAACGAGGUUUUGGUGUAGAUAGGGCUCGUUUCUAUGCUGCUGAAAUAACACUUGGAUUAGAACAUUUAAAUAAUCAAGGCAUUGUUUACAGGGAUUUAAAACCAGAAAAUGUCCUAUUGGAUGACCAUGGGCACAUAAGAAUAUCUGACCUUGGUUUAGCAGUUGAAGUACCACUUGGUGAAACAGUGAAAGGACGGGUAGGAACAGUAGGAUACACGGCACCAGAAGUGAUAGACAAUGAAAGGUACUCGUUUAGUCCAGACUGGUUUAGCUUGGGUUGCGUGAUUUAUGAAAUGAUUGAAGGAAAGGCACUCUUUUCAGCAAGGAGAGAAAAAAUAAAACGCGAAGUAAUUGAAAAAAAGGUGAAGGAGAAACAAGAGCAGUACUCCAGUAAAUUUACUGAAGAAGCAAAGGAUACUUGUCAAUCUUUGCUGAAGAAAAACCCAUCCGAAAGAUUAGGAUGCAACAGUGAUCGACGUGGUGCUGAAGAAGUGAAACGUGCCAGUUUUUUUAGAACAGUUAACUGGAAGAGGCUCGAGGCAAGAAUGUUAGACCCACCAUUUGUUCCUGAUCCCCGUGCUGUUUAUGCCAAGGAUGUGUUAGACAUAGAACAAUUCUCUACUGUGAAAGGAAUGAAUCUCGACAAUGAUGAUACAAAUUUUUACAAUAAGUUUAACACCGGCCGUAUCUCGAUACCCUGGCAAGAUGAGAUUAUUGAAACAGGAUGUUUUAAAGAGCUGAAUGUUUUUGGUGCUAAUGACACACCUUCAGAUGACCUUAAGUUGGAUCAACCUCCCCAACCACCAGUCCAAGGGUGUUUCCCAUUUAGAAAGAAAAUACCAAAACAGAACAUGCCAGUCAACAGAAAAUUGUCACUCCCAGUAACAGGUGAUUGAAGGUUUAAAUUUUAUUUUAAGCCGCACACCAGGUCAAAAGAAACCAGAUCGUCCCUGGUCAACUCAGUGUCCUCAACAUUCCCAAACAAACCAGAAUCAGUGUCUUCUGAUAAAUCAGUACACUUGCGUCAACUUGUUAUUUAUUCCUUCGUCACAAACUUGGUGUAUUCCCGUACGAAUCUCAUCAGCGAAUUAUCUAAAAGGAACAGGAAGAUUCUUCCCAGAUGUUCGUGGACUAUCUGAGAAUUUUAAAUAUUAUUUAUGGAUACUCAUUUGUUCAACUACUUGAUUGUAAAGUUAAGUUACAAGUAGAUGAAAGACCUGUAAAUAUGUAAUAGUAUCUGUUUUACGUGCUUACAUAUUAUUUUGUGUAUGGGUUUAGAUUUCUAAGACAAAACAUAGAAAUACAUCAUAGCUUAGCUUUAUAUUGGUUUUUUUUUACAGAAAUCUCAACUCAGUCACUUAUUUUACAAAGCUUUUUUUUUUUAAUUCAUCAUCAAACCUAUUUCAGCUUUUGUUGGUUUUAUAAUUUUUCCGUUUCCUAAUGAAGUUCAACCUCGGAAGUCAGUUCCUUGUAAGUUUAUCAUGAUUGUUUAAUUUUGUAUUCAUCGAGGUUUCAACCAAUGUAAUUUUAUUGUAGUUAUUCAGUCUGGCAGAGGGACAGGAACCUCUGAAUUGCUAAGUUCCUUAAAGACAAAUUAUCAUCUAAACCUUGGAAACUAGAGUGACAGUGAAUUUUUAUUUGUAUUCUACACAUCUUCUGUACUGAGUAAUUAAAAAAUAUAGAUGCUUUUGUGUAAACCACUGGAAGCAGACUGAACGAUAGAGGUUUUGAAAGAUUCUUGUAUGAAAAUCUUGUUCUUCAUAACCAGUACAAGUUGUUUUUUAUGUCUCCGAGCUCUUGCUACUAUAGUAUUCUUCAAACAGUAAAGAUUGUCUAAUAUUCAGAAGUGUUUCUUGUGUAACAUAUCUAUCUAAUAAGAAUGGUUAAUGUAUCCAAACUCUUUCGUCAGUUGCUCUAUUUAAACUUUGUGGAACAGUACCGAAUAAAAUACAAGUAAUAUUACCUGUUAGUUAGUGAGGAUUAUAAUUUUAUUAAUCCUGGAAAAUGUAAUAAGAAUUAUUCUAAAAUAACUUAUAAGUAGCAGUGCUUUGGUAUCAUAGAAACAGAAGGAACAGGUUUCUAAACCAUGCUACUAUAGUAUCGUCCAUUUGAUAGAGAUGACGUGACAUUUUCACUUUGUAGAAUGAACCAAUUAGAACUUUUAUGUAUUUACUGUGAUGUCCUAUUACAAAUGAGCUGCAAGUAACUGUCCAUUGUAUUACAAAUUCCAACCACAAACCAACUCCGUUUAUGAAAUUUAAUUUUUGUAUAUUUGGCUAAAUUUUCAGUAAAUGUAUAACAUUUUUGUCAGUGAUAUAAUACAUUGACUUUGUUGAAAAUUAUUAAUGGUAAUUUGUAUUUAUUCUAAAUUAACUUUAAGUUAAUUUUUUGUUUUACUUUUAUAUUUGUUUUUGUGUGUAUGUGUGUGUGUUUUAACUUCAGAACCAGUGAUGUAUUGUUAAGCCUGCUCAAAACACAGACUUGUUUUUAUUGAUUUAUAAGUUAAAAUUUACUUGCAAGUUGUUUUAAAAGUGAGUAAACUUAUGAAGUAGUUGAAUGUCAUAGGAUUUUCUCAGACAUUGCUUUUAAAAUUAUGUAUUCAGGAUGGAACAAUAAUAAUAAUAAAUGGUGUUCUUAAAGAAGACCUAUCCUUAAUUUCACAAAUUGCAGUAUAAUGUUAUUUGAUAUUGGUUUGUUUUGUGGUAGUAUACACUAUCCAUAUUGGAUCUAACUAAACUCCUUGAUCCUCUGCCUGUAUACAUGAUUAGUGAGCAUUGGUCCUGUUGAAAAAUUAAUCUUUCAGUAAUUACUUCUCUCUUAAGUGGCUUGUUAGAUCUCACAUGUCUAGUUUCUUCUGCUUGUUAGACAGUGUAUUUCUAUAUCUAAACAAUGGAGUAUUGAUACACUAAAGGUGAAGUAUCUUGUAGACAGUUGUUGAUACGGUAAAGGUGAAGUGUCUUGUAGACAGUUAUUGAUACAGUAAAGGUGAAGUGUCUUGUAGACAGUUAUUGAUACACUAAAGGUGAAGUAUCUUGUAGACACAGUUGUUGAUACGGUAAAGGUGAAGUAUCUUGUAGACACAGUUGUUGAUACGGUAAAGGUGAAGUAUCUUGUAGACAGUUGUUGAUACGGUAAAGGUGAAGUAUCUUGUAGACAGUUGUUGAUACGGUAAAGGUGAAGUAUCUUGUAGACAGUUGUUGAUACGGUAAAGGUGAAGUAUCUUGUAGACAGUUGUUGAUACGGUAAAGGUUCUGUAAUGUAAACUACCCAGUUCUUCCAGACACGGUUCGGUUCUAUAAUGUAAACUUCCCAGUUCUUCCAGACACGGUUCGGUUCUAUAAUGUAAACUUCCCAGUUCUUCCAGACACGGUUCAGUUCUAUAAUGUAAACUUCCCAGUUCUUCCAGACACGGUUCGGUUCUAUAAUGUAAACUACCCAGUUCUUCCAGACACGGUUCGGUUCUAUAAUGUAAACUUCCCAGUUCUUCCAGACACGGUUCGGUUCUAUAAUGUAAACUUCCCAGUUCUUCCAGACACGGUUCGGUUCUAUAAUGUGAACUUCCCAGUUCUUCCAGACACGGUUGGGUUCUAUAAUGUAAACUUCCCAGUUGGUUGGUUGUUUUUAGAGCAAAGCCACAUCUGCUGUGUCCCUAGCAGGGAAUCGAACCCCAGAUUUUAGCGUUGUAAGUCCGUAAACUUACCGCUGUCCACCCCGGGGACUGCAGUUUGUAAUUUCAAAUUUAAAAGAAAUGCGAUAUUGUUGCAGCUAGGCUGUAAUUAUAACAAUAAAUAACACUUGUGUAUUGUUACACAUUGUUACGAUUUAUUGAAAACUUGUAGUUGCAUACUGGAGAGGUUUAGACAAUUUGGCAAUAAAGUUGUAGAAAAAAUAAAUUAAUUAAAAUAAUGACUUUUAACUUCCCAGAUAAUACACAAAUUAUUUCAGCUUACAUUUCAUCCUUGUGGCGUCAUCAGGGUUAGUAGUACUAGAUAAAUCCGCAAUGAUGAAACGUUAGCUGAAAUAAAAAGUUUAUUAUUAUUAUUAUUAUUAUCAUAUGGAGAAUAAUUAUUAACCCUAUAACCCAAGCGCUUUCUAAAAGCAGACCUUUUACAUCACGGCCACCGAAAGCGCUGGAGUAGAGAGGGUUUCGUACUUCAGUCUUUCAUUGAUUUUUUUGAACCCGUGUAUUUUCCUGCAGCGUGUUCUUGAAGGCGAUGGGUCAUUACCCUAUGUGCAUGUCCUUGCAAUCAGUACACGUUUUAAAGGACUUUUUAUGUUGUCCUUGAAACUCGAAUAUUUUCUUAUCCUUAUAACUGGUUUGGAUAAAAUCCUAACAUUUUUAGUUAGUGUUUUUUGGUCUUUGUAUAACUGUGAAGAGAAAGGUUAAAUAAAUUUUCAUUUUCUUCCACAGCUGUUUCGUAAAUAUUUCUUAGACUGUUUAUGACUGUAGUAAGAUAGAUGUUUUUUAUUAAUAUAUUUUUUAUGUAUUUAAAAACAGGCUGUACAUACUGGACAACAAAUUAUUUGUGCAGUAAAAUUUUGAUAAAGUUUUCUUCGUAUUUUAGCGUGGUAAAAUGUGUAAAUAAUCCUGUGUUUAUGAUAGAUUUCAAUUUUCAAAUGGUUUACCCUGGUUCAGUACUAAAAUGUCUAGAAAUGAUGUUUCGACGUUAAAGUUUCCUAACCGUAUCGUGAUGUUAACUACAGUGGCGAAUCAGCAGGAGGACAAGCGGGGCUACUGCUCAGGGGCCCCAAAUUUUAGGCCAGGAUACUGUAUGUAAAUAGUGUUUUUGAAAUAGGAAGGGUUAUUAGAAAGGAAAGAAGAUUUUAAAAAAUGCCUACUCAUGGAAGUGCUAUUUAAAAUUUUAUUAUGGUUAUUUUUUACGAGCAAUAUUUAUGUUAUUAAAAUAGAAUGAACGAUUAAAAAUUUACGUAUAAAAAAGAGGGAACUUAAUUAUGAAAAUUCAAACAUCAGUUGACAAGGUGUAUACUUAAAGCUUUCUUCUACAAUAAAUAUAAUAUACAUGAGGGGAGUCCAUAUUAUUCACUGUCCCCAGGCAUCUAAAUCAGCCACUGGUUUAAACCCAUGCUGAGUCUACCUUCUAUGAAUAUAGAAAGUGUGAACCUUUGGUAGCCCUUUCUAAUAACUUCAUUCGAGUUAGUCUCUGUUUUUCAUUUUCUUUCAGGCUGGAAGUAUUCCACUAAGUUAGUAUUUAUCGUUCGUCGCUAUACGUUAAAUUUAAACAGAUGUCUAUUUAGACUUGCUAUUGUUAAAUCCCUUGAUCUUAUCUGUGAAUCCAAAUCUGUCCUUUAGCGUAUAUUUAUUUAUUAUUAAUUAUUUGUAGGUGUUUAUUUAAAUAGUUUCUGAUUAAAACAACCAAUAUUUCUGACAAUAGGUUGAAUCAUAAUUUUUUUUCUGUGGAGUUUUGGUGACCAAGAUAGGAUUCCGACAUGUGAUCCACAGCGUUUGAUUUGACGGUUUUUAAUUUGCAUACAUUAUUUCAAAUGAACUGUAAAGCGAUGCUAGGAUACAUUUUAUGAAGUUUUAUUAUCAUAAUUACAAUUAGAAUUUAUUUAAUGCGCAACUUGGUAUAAAAAACUUUUAUUAUUUGUGUAUUGUAGGUGAAUAAAUUAAAGAAUAGGUUACAAAAUC